UGGGUUCCCUGUACGCUUUCUUCUUCAUGACGUCUCAGGGAGUUUUUCCCUUGCCACUUGCUCAUCAGUGAUCUUAAAUCGACAUGCAGAUUUCUGCAAAGCUGCCUUGGAACAAUUGUGUAUACAAAUAAAUUCCUGUUCAAAGAUGUUGCUGAGUUGCCAUAGUUACCAGAUGCUCUUUCAAGGUGUCUGGAAAAAAAAUUCAAAACAUGCACGAGGCAGCAUCAUUAAAGGACAGGAGAACAAAUUCAUUAUUAAAUCCUAAAACAGCACACUAAUGUAUUAACGAGUAUGUAAUAAACUAAUAUUAGCCACAUAUGCUUAUGAUUAGUGAGGUAGUAUGAGCUUUUUCCAGGUAAUAUAUAUAUUUUUUUUGAUGUGACAAACGAACCUGUCUGCGCGUGCGCGCGCAGCAUCUUCUGUCUCUCACGCCCAUAAUUCAGCGUUCCACUGGCACGAGCUGGUGCAUCUUGCGCUGUUCUUCGCGUGACCGGUCCGCAUCCUCCCAUCUUCCAUCAAGCACUGAACGACGCAGUGAAGAUGCUGCUGCUCGCACUGAGUCUCGGCCUGGUUAGCGUUAAUGGACUCCUUCCUGAAACUUGGACAGCUCCCGGUGAGGAUUUACAGUCGCACGCGCCCACAGAGGCGAACAUAGGACAAAACCCGACUGUGCUGAGCGACUUGUUCAGGGAGGUGAAGAAACUGGUGGAAGACACGCAGCACCAACUGGAGGAUGCUGAGCAUCAGAUGGACAACGAGAGCGCAAGAUCCAUCCAGCCCAUCCAUAACGUCACCUCAAAUUACAGCUAUGAAAGCAGCACGGAGAUCGUUACCGGAAAUCGAUCCAUCCCUGCUGCUGAGGCGAUCGAUAAGAUACCAGGCAACACAACCGAGGAGGUCCACGUGACCAGAAGCGUUAACCAGUCCAGCGGCAAAGAAACUGACGUCGAUCAUGAGUGCAUUAUUGACGAGGACUGUGAGAAGGGUAGAUACUGUCUCUACGAUGAACACCACUCCGAGUGUAUGCCUUGCAAGCAGUCCGAUGCGACCUGCAGGAAAGAUGAGGAGUGCUGCGAGGGCCAGCUGUGUGUGUUGGGUCAGUGCAUGAACUCCACUAAAGGAGAAGCAGGAACCAUCUGCCAAGAACAAAGCGACUGCGACAGCGAUCUGUGCUGUGCAUUCCACGAAGAUCUGCUUUUCCCAGUGUGCAGCCCCAAACCCAAAGAACGCGAGCCCUGUCACAUCUCCACCAAUCACCUGAUGGACCUGCUGUCAUGGGAUUUUGGACGCAGGAGUCCAAAAGAGCAUUGCCCCUGCGCUGGGGACCUGCAGUGCCAACAUCUGGGUCGCAGCUUGGUGUGCUUGAAAGGUCCGACGUCCAGCGAAGAAGCUCUGAGUGACACUCUGUACUCCGAGAUCGACUACAUCGUCUAAACCUGGACACAGAACCUGUCCAGACUUGACGUUAGUACAAUAGUGAGCUCUGCAAAUUUCACUGAGCCUGAAAACCUUUAGCAGGCCGCCGUAGACUAUUAAAAGUAUUACUCAAGACCAUAACUGUAUGUACAAUCUGGUCACCAUUAUCAUGCUUCAUGUGCCAGUGUUAAGCUCGUCUACAAGCGCAGUAGCUUUUAGCAGGAAGUGUACCAUGUAAAGGUUCACCCAAAGCUCUGCAGACAGGAAACAGUAUUAGAUUAAAGAUAUACAGUAUCAAACUACUUAGGCGCCCAGGACUGAAAUGGUCGCUGAUGUGCGAAAAUGAGCACAGCGGAUGCUCGGUUAUAACCCAGUUAUCAGACUUCAGGCCUGGAGGAUCCCAGAGCUUCAGAGGUCAGCAUUUCACACUCAUUAUCAGUCUUCCAUGUGCUAAAUUUAAUACGUUGGGGGUGGGGGGAGAUAAAUUACUGCUUCAGGACUGAGUACAACAUCCCUGAUAUAAGAAUGAAUUCAGAACAUUAAAUGCAAACUUACAUGUUGUCUCAAAGCUGCAGAAAUGUAAACUUGCAAUAAAUAAAAAGCUGAAAAAUCCUCAUUUUCAUGUGUCAUCAUUAAUCUGUGGGUUAGUAUUAUCAGCAGGGCUGGUCGACAAAUAGAACCUCAAAAUUCAGAUAAUCUGUCACAGUGCACUUUUCUGAGAUAUCAUGUCCACCAAAUAUUUUUAAACACUUUUUUUAAUUUAUUUUUUUUAAAGUUUUUAUGCUUGUGACGUGAUGUUAAUUUUGUUCCGAAGCCUGAAUUUUUUUUUUUAAUUUUACUUCAUUUCUAUAGUUAUUUUUAAAAUUAAAAAUAAUUUUAAAAUUGUUUAAUAAUAUCAAUUAAUAUCUAUAUGAAUUAUUAUACACAUUUAUUUUGUUUGUUUAAAUGCAAUCCUACGGUAUUGCUGUAGGUUGUGAGCAAACCUGUACAGUGCCUUGCAAAAGUAUCCCCCCCCCCCCAACCCUCUAAAAAAAAUAAAAUAAAUAGUAAUAAUUAAAAAAAAUUGGGGGGGAGGUUAGGGGGUAUUGUACUAUUUGAUGAUAGCAAAGGGGGUGAAUACGUAUGCAUACAACUGAUCAGUUUCUAUUUUUAAAACAAGGUAUUUUUUCUUUCUACUUCAAGAAUCUGAUCUAUUCUGUUAGGUCCAUUAAAUAAA